AUGAAACCUUAGGGAGGAUUUCUAAACAACAUCAACUUCCAUCUAUCAAACUAAUAAACUCAAUCUGUCAAAUAAGAUUAAAAGCUUGUAUCUAAUACUAGAGCUCAUCAAUCUAAGGGUAAACCUGAAUCUGAUUACAUCUCUAAGUAUGACUCAAGCAAGUAAAUCAGCAGUAAGGAUUAUAAGCAGCAGGAAAUGCAUUUGCACUUCUCAAAUACACAGAAGCUUUCCGGGAUUUCAAAAGAUAUGAAAUCAUCAUAAGAAUUUAUUACUCAGUAAUCAUCUACCUCUCAUAUCAGGCCUCCUAAUAAAGAAAAUUAUGAUCCUUUAUCGUUUAAGGCUUUAGGCUCAACUAAUUACAACACAAGUACCUAAAAUACAGGAGGUAUUCACAGCAAAUAAUCUUCAUAGCCUCAGUCGAAUGGCUAAACUAGAACUUCUAGUGCUCAGCCUAUUAAUAGACUUCUUUAGUACACCAAUCCUGAUAAUCAAUUCGCCUCAAAUAAUAGCAAUUACAUGUCUAACACUAUUGAUAGAAAUAUUGAAUCAAGCAGAAAAAGCAGACCAAGUACUAGCAAAAGAGGAGGAAAUGAGAGAUAAUCAUAAAAUCAAAUAUAAUAACAGUAAUUCUCUAAUACAAAUUAAUAAAGAGGAAUCAGUCAAGGUUAAUCAAGUGUGACUAGAAAAGAGGAAGACAAUAAAUUCUCUCAACUAGUGUGCUAGGUACCAUAAAACAUGGAUCCAAAAUUAAUGCUAAAACAAACUCAACAAGCUAUAAGAUAGAGGGAUGAGUAAGACAGUAAAGCUACAACUAUUGAGACUAGUUUCACCUAGGGUAAUACCUUGGCUGAAGAAGAUGCACUCUUAGGACCACAGAGAAGAAAUGAUAUUGGCAAAAAGACCUUAGUAUUAGAUCUUGACGAAACUCUAGUCCAUUCAUCAUUUAAACCAAUAGAAAAUCCUGAUAUUGUGCUCCCAGUCGAGAUUGAAGGCAGCAUUUGCAAUAUAUUUAUUCUGGUUAGACCUGGAGUAUCAUAAUUCCUCAAAAAAAUGCAUAAGCACUAUGAAUUAGUCGUGUUUACAGCCUCAUUGAGCAAAUAUGCUGAUCCUUUGGUUGACAUUCUUGAUCCAGAGAAAAUGUGCUCUUAUAAGUUAUUUAGAGAGCAUUGCACUCUUGUUAAUGGGGCCUUUGUCAAGGAUCUCACUAGGCUGGGUAGAUGCAUGAAAGACGUUAUUAUUUUGGAUAACUCUCCUAUCGCUUAUAUGUUUUAGCCAGAAAAUGCAAUUCCUAUUCUCAGUUGGUAUGAUAAUAUGACUGAUAGGGAGCUACCUAGAAUCGCAUAUAUUCUAGAGAGAUUAGCUUAUGAGGAAGAUGUGAGAAAAAUCAUUAGAUAACUAAUUUCAAACAAUGAUAUAGAUCCAAAAGCAGAGUUGAUUUACUUGCAUUCAAAAUAAAGAGAUCACUCUUAGAAAGUUUAAGAUAGAGGGUAAGCUCAUUAAUAAAAGAGACAAAAUGUGAGAUAUGAGAGUGCUGACAAUAGAUAAAAACAUACAGCAAUUAUAGAUGAUCAACUAAAAAAGAAGAACAGAGGCAGCGAAGAGGAUGAAGAUUUUACUGAAAUGAUAAUGAUUCAAAAAUAGAACCAAAAUUAAAACAUGUAUGAAAAAUUAUUGAGAGCUUAAUAAGCUAAUCAACAAGAACGAAAAUCAGAUGCGGCUUAUGGAAUUUCUUAAAGAGCUCCACCUUAAAAACUUAAAGAUAGCAAAGAAACUUUCUAAUUAGCCUAAGCUUAAAAUGAUGCACCUUAUCAAGCAAGUGGCAGCAUGAGACCAGCCACAACUAAAGGUUGCAGCUCUUAAAGAACUGGAUUAUUUAUUUAAAACUAGAGACCAGCUGAUUAAUCUCAAAGCCAAAGCUAAAAUACAACUCCUAUUGGUAAGAAAUCAGUGUCUGUGAGAUAAAACUCUCAAUAAGUAGCUAAAGAAUCUUCCCGAAAAGAUAGGGGAAAUUCAGCCUCAUCAACAAAUCAAGGAAAGAAUAUGAGCAUGGAAAAUUCAGCCUCAAGAAAAAAGAACACCUUCUCUAAUUUCUUAAGUAAUACUUAAAAACUAUCUAGAGAGGACCCAUCUGAGUAAAUACAUUCAAUUAGAGGUCACAGUUAAGGGCAUCAUGGUCAAAAUCCAAGCUCUCAACAUAUUUCACCGAGGCCAUCUACAGCAGGGCACCCAGGUUACUAGUAAUAAAAAUCUUCAUCUCAAUCGACUAGACAUCAUAGCAAUCAACCUAAUAAUAAUCUCUCAUCUACCUAGAGGUUGUAACCAUAAAACAACUUUCAAUUCUAAAAUUAAUCUAAUGGAUAAUCAAAUGUACUCAUGCAAUCUAAUACUGCAGGGCAUUCUAAGAAAAAUUCAACAUAAAACGGGAAUCUUAUUAAAUAGAGUAUAAAGGAUCUUUAAGAGUUAAUGAGGUUGACCAAUAAAAAUGUCCACAAAAAUGGUUCCAGUUCCUCUCAGACAAGCUAGAAAUAAAAACCCACAGCCAAUGAGGAAGUUAGUUUUUUAAAGAAACUUACUCGACAUUCAGAAGUUUAACAAAACAACAUUAUUGUCACUAAUUAAUAAUAGAUGAACUACCAAGUAUAAAAUAUUCACUAAUAAUAGUAGCAAUAGCAAUAGCAACAGUAACAAUAGUAGUAUGCUAGUAGAUACUCAGUUAAUUCUCCUAAGUAUAAGGAGAACUAGAAUGUCCUAAACUCAAAUGGAUAAAUCAUGAAUCAAGGAUAAAAUAUGGUUUAAACUAGCUAAGGUUGCUACACCUCAGUUCCCCAAUCAAGCAAUAUCAUCAUGCAAUCUAAUAUAAAUUCUGUUAAGCCUUCUCACCAAAAGAAGAGCUCAAACCCUUUCUAAAUUCUACAAGUCCGAUAAAACUCUGAUAACUAUUGUCAAAAUCAAAUGGAGAGCUCUAUCGAGGUAAAUAAUGAUUCAAAGCCUUUCCAACAAAUUAAAGUCAUCCACAAUUAAAACAAUAAUUAAGUCCGAUCUUCCCAAGUCUAUAAGUAGUAAGUCAAUGGAAAUAACAAUACUAGCUCUAACUUGCAGAGUCAGCACUCACAAUUAAACAUAAUGCAACAGUAGUAAUAACAGUUAUAGUAACAAUAGCUGCAGCAACAACAGCAAUACAUGAAUAAUAAUAGCAAAGAUCACACCAAUAAAUUCAUAAAUUCCUACUUGCAGACUAUGAAUACUACACCUACUGCAGCAGCCUCUCAAAAUCUGAGAGCAUCUAUGAAUAAACUACUAAACGGGCCGUAAAUCUAGCAAGACACUUCAUCCUCUUCUUCUGCUAUCAAUGAGUUUAGCAAAAAGUUUUAUAACUAAGUAUCACUGGCAAAACAGUGA